GACAGAUGACAAACAGCACUAAUCAACAACAUAAAUAACACUUGUAUGUUGUAUUGUAUUAUUUUAGGUAAAAACAAUUGUCUCAAUUUUGCAUGAACGUUUUAACGAACCUACACAAAAUAAUGGCCGCCGCAGUAUCCGAAAAAAUCAAAGAGAAACGAAACCGGGUCCUAUUGGGUCCUCUUCCGGACGAUUUCCUGCGCGUCAACACGUCCGUGCAGGAACAACAAGAGGCCGCCGACAGGCAAACCGCCCUGGCACUGCAACAGCACUACGCAGGCAGUUCGUACCCCUACGUCUUGAACCCGGCCGGGCGACUCAGCAUCACCGUCGUGCAAGCCAAACUAGCCAAAAACUACGGCAUGACCCGGAUGGACCCGUACUGCAGAAUCCGCGUCGGACACUCCAUCUACGAAACGCCAACGGACCCGAACGGAAGCAAGAACCCCAGGUGGAACAAGGUCGUCUAUUGUUACCUGCCCAGCGGCAUCAACAGCCUCACUGUGGAGAUAUUCGAUGAACGAUCGUUUACCAUGGACGAGCUGAUCGCUUGGGCCCAGAUCAGCGUACCGCAACAGGUUCUCAGUGGGGAAACGCACGAGGAUUGGUACCCGUUGAACGGGAAACAAGGCGAAGGCGUCGAAGGGAUGAUCAAUCUUGUAUUGACUUAUAACCACACUAAUCCGGUUUACCCGGUUAACCAGCCUGUGAUGGUGGUGCCCAGGACAGGAGGGGGCCCUGUUAAACCAAUGGCCGUCUAUCCGGCCUCCGAAGCGGCCAUUAACCAGGAACCCCCGGUGAUAAAUGAAGCUGAAUUGAAGCAGAUCGAAGAAAUGUUUCCGAAUAUCGAAAAAGAUGUGAUUAAAACGGUUUUCGAAGCUAAUAGAGCGAAUAAGGAGAGUACUAUCAAUUCGCUCCUGCAAAUGGCCGAUUAAAUGUUCAUCGGAUGCAGAAUAUGUUACACUUAUGCUACAAUUAGGGGUGAUUUUGCAACUUCUUACGAAAUCUAAUCAAUUUAUUGUAUUCGUCAGUGUAAAGAUUUCUAAAGGGUUCUUAAGAUAUUGCAGAAAAAUUCCUAUUAUGACGAAAUUCCGUAUAAUUUUUUACCUAGUUGUUUAUUAUUGGUUUUUUUCAUAUUUUAUUGCUUGUUACUUGUAAAUUUAUUAGUUGUAAUAAUUUUUAAUUCUUUGGCCAUACUUAAUUAGUAAUUUCUAGUCUAUUAUGUGUACAGGUUAGCGAAAUUUUGUUGUGUCAUAGAAAUUAAUAAAUUUUUUUAAAAUGCUAAAA